UCGUCAGUUGUGAUUAGCGAAUGAAUUUACUUUGUUGAAAAAGUAGCAGCUAAAUGUCCUGACAAACUAGCAAUACAAGCAUGCUAACUUAGCUAGCGGCAAUGUCCUAGUUGGUGAACGAGUUGGCUAUGGAUCUGCGCGUAGGCCGCGGCGUGCAGGCAGCAUGUAUAGCUCUUACAACUUAUACGCCGUCCUCUUGUGUUGAGUGACGGAGAAGCACACCAGUGACAUUAAGAGGGACUUUAGAAAACCAGGGGCACCAGCACAAUGGAAUGUGCAGUGGACAUUCCCUCAGGUGAGGAUGAAGCACCUGAGAAAGAUGACAUGAAUGCCAAAGAAGGGAAUGAGCCACCCCAUAAGAAAAACAAGAAGCACAGAAAACACAAGAGCAAGAAGAAGAAGAGGAGGAGGAAGGGAGAAAAGGAGAGCAGUUCAGAAUCUGGUGCUGACUCGGAUGUUGAGCCACCACCUCCACCGCGACCUGUCAGGACCACCAGAUCUAGUGCCAGGCUGGCAGCAGCUGCAGGAGCUGGUGACCAUGCUGGGCUGAAGGAAGAGGGCAAAAGGGAUGUAAUUUCAGAUCGUGUGGAUACGGAUGGUGACACAAAAUCCAAAAAACACAAAAGACACGCUGCUAAGAAGAAGAAAAAGAAGAGGAAGAAAGAUGAAAAGCAGGAAAAGAAAUCCCCAUCUCGCUCCCCAUCUGAAAGCAGCUCAGCUUCGGGUUCUGAAUCUGAAGGUGAAGGAGGUAAAGGUGCUGGUGAUGGUAAAUACUCUCCAGCUGCAGCGCCUGACCUGCAAGAACCAGUGUCUAAAUUGGUUCCAAAAAGCAAAAAAUCGGAGGAGAAAGGAGUUCCCAUUCUCACGCAGAAACCUGAAUUGCUUGGGGUGAAAAAAGAGGAGAUAGUAGACACAGAUGUGUCCUCAUCUGGAGGGAAGGACAGCAACACCAAUGGAUCAGAAAAGGAUAUGAGUUUGCCCUCUGCGGGCCAGGAUGAGAUAACUCAAACAGCGACAGUUAAGGUUAAGACAGAGAGUAGUCAUGCUGAUGGUGCAUUCAGCCUUGCCCAGGAACUCCCUGACAUAAUCCCUAAACAGGAAGGUGCUAGAGAAGAUCCAGGACUGAAAGAUCAGGCCAAUUCAGUUCAGAGGGCAAAUGUCAAGGAAAUCGAUUCUUCCAAAUCUAGGUCUCCUUCUCCUUCCAGGGGCCUAGACAUUAAGAGGUCACCAACACAGCAGUUCGAGGGUCAAGCAGCACCAGUGAAAGGUCGAUCAAGAACCCUUUCAAGGUCAACGUCAAAGGGAAAAUGUUCUACGACUCCUUUAAAGAGUCGUCAGCUGUCCCGCUCUGUGUCUCGCUCUCAGUCCCCUAAAUCAAGGAGGAAGUCACUCUCCCUGUCUCCGAAGUCACCCAAGAGAGCUAGCCGUCAGUCUCGGUCAACCUCUCGCUCUCUCACACCCAAGAAGAAGGUGACAAAGCCCCCAAAGAAAUCUAAGUCUCCUAAACGUCGGAGGAGUUCGUCAUCUGUUUCCCCAAAGCGACACAGAAGUCCCCACACUCCCAAAAGAAAGGUUUCGCGAUCCCCAAAACGCAGUGGACGCAGGUCCCCCUCUGUUUCUCGGUCUCCAAGGAGAAGUCGAAGGUCAGAGUCACGUCCCCGUGGGGGCACAAGAUGUUCUAGGACCCGCUCACCCAGGCGAGGUGGUGGAGUUGGCAGGCGUUCACGGUCACGUUCCAUCACUAGAACCCGUCGGUCGCGCUCUAGAUCAAGACGUGCUGUUCGUCGCUCCAGGUCGCGGUCGUUGGCAAGGCGUGCGGGAGGCAGGCGCUCCCGGACUCGAUCCGUGUCUCGGCGUAGGAGGUCACCUCCCCCCAGAUCACGCCGCUCACGCUCCCGGUCAGUCCGCAGGAGCAGGCGAACUCGAUCACGUUCAGUUGUAGUCCUAAAGCGCAACCGGCGCUCCAGAUCAAGGAGUCCUCGCAAACGGACCAGGUCCAGGAGCCCUCCAUCCCGGCGGCGUUCUACAUCCCGAUCACCAGUCAGAAGGCGCUCUCGGUCCCCCGCCAAGAGAAAUCGUUCUCCGCCAAGGUCUGGGAAACGCUCUAAAUCCCGCUCAUUGUCUCGAAGGCAUCGGUCAAAGUCACACUCGCCACUACCUGUGAAGACGAGAUCCAAAUCUCCUAGAAAGAGGGGUCGAAGGUCAAAGUCUAAAUCUGUCUCUGCGGGCAUAAACAGAUCUAAGUCCAGGUCUAGGUCUGAAUCCAGUGAUGGGCAGUCUGAGAGCUCCUCCCCAGCCAGAUCCACAUCCUCCUCUCCUGUUAAAGAGAAGAAGCCUUCCUCUCCUAAGACAGAGGAGACAGCCGCUGAGAAGGCAGUUGUAGAAAGUGGAGGACCUUCAGGCACAUCAGGUGCGUGGAAACCUGUGCCCUCAGCAGCUGCCCCCAGCCCUCCUGCUGCAAGCUCCUUGGAUAAGUCGCCGGUUCAGACGCCUGCACCCAACAAUGACAAGGAACAGAUGGAGCACGCCAGCUCAUCCAACGAACGAGAUGUUUCCAGGUCCAGGUCUGGCUCCAGAGAACAUGGUACUAGCCCUGAAAAGUCAGAUUGUUCGAAAUCAGAAGCGUCAGAUGAAGAGGAGGAUUCUUCCUCUCCCGUUAAAACCCUCCUCAGACUCCUCAGCCCCGUGGUGCAGAAAUCCAAGUCACGUUCACCUGCGGAUCGCAGGAAACUUUCACGUUCCACUUCGUCGACUCGACGAUCUACAUCCAAGUCUGCGCCCAGAAAGAAGCAGUCUAGGUCCAAGUCUCCAGUGAGGAAAAGAGAAUCUGUCUCUCCAUCAGAAAAGAGGAAGCGACGGUCUAAAUCUCGAAGUCCUGCCAGGCGACGUAGGUCUCGCUCCACUGCACGGCGUAAGCGAUCGCACUCCAAGUCCCGCACCAGAACCCACCGGUCCAGGUCACGCUCUCGCUCCCCAACCCGCAAGAGGCGAUCCCGUUCGCCCAAUGCCCGUGGAAGGAGGAGGUCCAAAUCCACAGACAGAAACAAGCGAUCUAAGAGCCGCUCCACAGGCCGGAGGAAAAGGUCCAGGUCAGGUGACAGAAGCAGACGAUCAAGGUCUCGUUCUUCUGACCGCAGGCGCAGGUCUAGGUCAAGGGGGCGAGGGAGACGACCAGUGUUUCGAAGCCGUUCAUUUGACAGACGGGACAGGUGGAAAAGGGAACCUAGCCACUCUCCAGUUCUCAUUCUUCGCAAACAGCGCAGGUCAGGAUCGAGGACACGACGCAGCACCAGCAAGACUCCUCCACGGCUCACUGAACUGGAUAAGGACCAGUUACUGGAGAUAGCCAAAGCUAAUGCUGCUGCCAUGUGUGCUAAAGCAGGGGUGCCCAUUCCUGAGAGUCUUCGGCCAAAAGCCAUCCUCCAACUCCCUCUACCUACUCCAUCUCCUGCUCCCCUCUCUUUACCUCUACCUUUACCUCUCCCAAUGGGCAUGGGGAUGCCCAACAUGCCGAAUAUGCCCAACAUGGGUCCAAUGGGUCUACCCAAUAUUCCAGGAAUGCCCAGCAUGUCAAACAUCACCAUGAGUGCCGCUAUGGCAAGUAUGACAGCAGCUACUAUGACAGCUGCCUUGACCAACAUGGGUGCCCUAGCGGCCAUGCCACCCCUUGCCCCACUUCCUACCAUCACUAACAAGCCUCCCCCGUGCCUUGCCCCCCCAACUCCUGCCCUUAACCUGGACCACAUUGAAGAAGCUAAGCGAAAGGUCACUCAGCAAGCUAAUAUACACACCAUCAAGGAGCUUACUGAGAAAUGUAAGAUGAUUGCAAAUAGCAAGGAAGAGAUGGCCGUUGCUAAACCCCAUGUCUCAGAUGAUGAAAGCUAAAGCCACCAAGCUCUCAUGCCAAUCCCCUGAAAGGAAAAUAUAUAUAUAUAAAAAAAAAAAUAAAAACAACAAAAAAUAGAUGACCCAACUGAGCCUCAUAACCCACCAAUAAGAAGACCACCCUAAGUCGUCACAGCUACAACAUAAGAGCACCGGCACCAGCCACUGCCCCAUUCAUCUCUCCAGGUUGUUUCUCUUUGUGUGUGUGUGUGUGUUUGUGUGCGUGCAUGUGUGAGAGACUGGCAGACUGUCACAUGUGAUACCACUGAUUAAAAAAACCUGGACACACUGACACGUGUGCACGGUUGUUUGACUGUAUAGUGAGAGUGUGUGUGUGUAUAUAGUGACUUUCAGAACCAACUCCUCAGUGUCUCUGCUUAUUUCAGCAGUCACUGUUGUAAAGACUGAAGAGGAAACAAACCAAACUAACUAGUGGCGCAAGUGUUUUUUGUAAAAGAUUAGUUUCACUAAAUUUGUUUUACUUCUAUGCUUUCUUAAAGGAUUGUGUUCAGUGGGAACGGCUUCCAUGUUCUGCUGUGUUUCCCUCGGCUCUCUCUAGUCCCAGGUUUUAUAAACUAAUAAUGCAGACAAAGUUUUGGUAGAUAUUCACUUGUUUGUUUUCACGGAGGAUUACCACAUUGUUGUGAAUUUUGGAAUAGUAUGCCAGGUCAGAUUAUUUUGAAGGAAGGGAAUGACUCAGUAUGUUAGCUACAGACAGAAGAAUGUUUCCAGUUUUGACUAUGACCCAGAUUAUCACCCCCAUUCACAAAACAUAACUAAAUUCAGUUAGUACUGCCCUGGGUGUGAUUUCUUUCCCUCUAUUUUAAAUGAUCUUGUCUUUCAGUUUGAAUUUGUUGGGAUUUUGUUUUCCUACUUGGAAACAUGUUUGCUGUACAUUUGAACUUUUCAUAUGCCACCGUUCUAUGCCCUUACGUGCAGUGUUGUGUGUUUAUAAAUGGCAAUUUAAGAUGUAAGGAAAGCAUACCAUUAGUACCUGCUCUGAAAUGGAUUUGACUGAUGGCUGUCCAGGAGAUCCCAGGUGUUGGGACCUUGGCAGCAGGUGCGAACCUUCCAUAAGCCCAGAUUCAGAUCACAUCUAAAACUCGAUUGACUUGAGCUUGAACCACCGAGCCUCAGCCAUAUCAGCGUAACCGUUUUUUAUUUCCUGAUUAAAAACAAGAGGGGUGAAAAUGCAAUUUCUCUUAAACUUGAUACUGUAAACGGAGAUCAUUUACUUGUUUAGAAGGACAUUUCACUAUGUGACUGAAUACAUGAUAAACAUUUGGCUUAUUAAAAAAAUACAACUUUGCCUUUCUGUUGCUGUUUACAUUAUUAAAACACAAUUUCUGUUGCUUCAUGUUUUUGCACUGGGGGAUGACAAAUUAGUUGUAGAAGACUUACUAGUCCUGUACUGUGAUAUCGUUAAAGGUUUUUGUGUAUUUGACAAUCAGAUUCUUUGUCUCUAUGAUUUUUGAAGAAAGAACUAAAACCACAUGGAAUUUACACGUUUUACAGCUUUGUAUUCAAACGGCAAGGAGAGAAUUGUUAAGGAUAUGCGUAAUAAUUGCAAACACAACGAACAAUCUAACAAGCCGUUUUCGUUUAAUCCUCUCACAUAUUCAAUAUGUGCCUCACGUGUAAGACGUUACCUUACCUGCAGGAGGUAGUCUGAGUGAGCUGUGCCAGGGUAAACGGUGUCUGUGUUUCUGUCCCACUGGAUAACUGAAGAACAAAAGACGACAUUGGUGCUUUUGGGAAAACUGGCAGGGAUGGUGUUUUUCUGGUUUUUAAGGAACAUUGCUCACAUAACUUGUUUUCAUUGGAGAGGUAAAUAAUUCUGCAUCCAUCCUUCUUUGUCAGCCUUUCAUGCCCAGGGCUGCUUAACUGUGGAAGAUAAUCUGUGAAGGUUUUGUCAAACUGUAACCAUACUGACUACCAAAAGUGUUGGAACUGUUUCAUUGAUUCCCUCAGAUAAUUUUUAGCUAUUUUAAUGACAGAAAAAAGAAGAAAAAAAAUGCAUUUUAGGAAAAUUUUUUUUUUUUUUGGUCGUUUGAGUAUGACAUCGCUUGCUUUGUACAUAAAUGUGUUGAUGAUUAUUAAAAACCUCAAUGAUCUGUA